AUGGAAACCAGAGGAAAGGAGAAGGCUGCAGAGAAGAGUGUGGGGACUUCCAAACACACACCUAAGGGAACAAGGAAGAAGUCUCGGAAGAACAAGGAUGGGACAGGGGCGUCCGGAGCUGGAGAUGCCUCAGAACCCAAUCCACAAGUGUUGCUGUCAGUUCCACCUGCUGGACAUACCAGUGAGGUCAUUCUGACUGAAACCCAAGUUAAUCAGGCUGAGUUUCAGUUGGGUGGAGAGGACAGACAGAUGGACGAGACGGGACAACCAGUGAAUGCAGCCAGAGGUCAACUGGGAGCAGCUGGUGGACAGCAGAGGAAUGAUGUGGAAGGUGAAGCUGAGUCCUCAGAGACUGGUCACCGAGUUGAUCCAAACAUCCAGAGGGAUGGGAGGAUUGGACCGGAUGAACCAAUGGCUGAACCAACCAUGAAGGAGAUACUCGAUGCAAUCAAGUUGAUGGGGAGUCAGAUGCUGGCGAUGACCCAAGUGUUCACCCCAGUGGUGAAUUCAUCUGUGGGUCAGACUACUCAAGCACCAGUGAUAGCUCCUGUAACUGGAGUGACUGGUGGAUAUGUGGCGCCUCUUGCUGAGGUGAUUGAGUUGGAUCCACCAGUGGGAACAACUAAGAAGGUUGAUUACCUGAAGGUGCUUGAGCACAUCUCUCGUUUGGGAACCAAACACUUUGCUGGAAGUGCUGAUCCCAUGGAGGCAGAUGAGUGGAGGGACCGUCUGGUCAGAAACUUCAAAUCCACAAGGUGCCCUGAGGAGUACCAAAGAGACAUAGCAGUGCACUUCCUGGAGGGAGAUGCACACAACUGGUGGCUGUCCCUGGACAAGCGUACCAAUGGCUCCAUUGUGAAGUUCUCUGACUUUGAGGUUGAGUUCAACCACAAAUACUUUCCAGCUGAGGCAUGGGAUCGUUUGGAGGCAAAGUUCCUGGACUUGGUUCAGGGUAAACGGUCAGUAAGGGAGUAUGAAGAAGAGUUCAACCGGCUCAGGAGGUAUGUGGGUAAGGAACUUGAGGAUGAGAAGGUUCAGGUCCGCAGGUUCAUAAGGGGCUUAAGGCCUGAACUUAAGACUUAUUGCUCAGUCCGCACCUUCAACACAGUCUCUGAGCUGGUGGAAAGGAUGGCAAUGCUGGAAACCAAUCUGGCUGAGGAGAACAAGCACAAGCUGAAGAGUGUGGUGGUGUCCUCUGGUCAGGGUGGUGACAAGAAGAGAAAGAGGGAUGCGGCUGAAGGGGGUAAAACCUCAAGUGGUAGGCCAGAGUGUCCCAAGUGUGGGAAACACCAUGGUGGAGAGUGCUGGAAGGCAAUGGGAGCUUGCACCCGUUGUGGCAAGAUGGAUCACUCAGCUCGGGAUUGUCCAGUUGCAAACUGGACAAGGUAA